AUUUGGUAGGCCGCUGCCGUCUGUCAGAGCGCUGCAGGCAUUUGUGUACACGUAGCGGCAUGGGCUGGACCGAGGAGUCAGUGGGAAUAAGCUAACUUAACUGGCUAGCUUUCAGGUGGAAAUCUGGAAAGGCUAAAUUGGGUAAUGUAGCUAAUGACCUAGGGAAAAGUGUAUUUUUGUAAUAGUAGUAGGACUACACUUUGGUGCAUGGGAAGCAGGCGACUUUUGUUGCGGCUGGCUAAACACGAUUCAAGGUGGCGACUGACAAGGUUGCUGGUAAGCUGAGUUCUACUCUCUCAUGGGUGAAGAACUCGGUGUCCCACACUGUCAGUCAGAUGGCUAGCCAGGUGGCCACGCCCACAUCCCUGCAGACCACUGCUACCUCGUCUUCUACGUCCCUGUCCUCGCCUGGCCUGUCACCAUCCUCUCCUGUGCAGCUCAGUCCUGAUGAUGUGGAGCUGCUUGCCAAGCUUGAGGAGCAGAACAGGUUGCUGGAGACAGACAGCAAGUCGCUGCGCUCCAUGAAUGGGUCCAGGCGGAACAGUGGCUCCUCCCUGGUGUCCAGCUCCUCUGCCUCCUCCAACCUCUCCCACCUGGAGGAGGACUCUUGGAUCCUCUGGGGACGAAUCGUCAAUGAGUGGGAGGAGGUGCGCAAGAAGAAGGAGAAGCAGCUCAAGGAUCUUGUCAGAAAAGGGAUUCCUCACCACUUUCGGGCCAUCGUGUGGCAGCUGCUGUGCAACGCCCAAAAUAUGCCCAUCAAAGAUCAGUACUCAGAACUCCUGAAGAUGACGUCACCCUGUGAGAAGCUGAUCCGCAGAGACAUCGCCCGCACUUAUCCCGAACACGAAUUCUUCAAGGAGAAGGACAGCUUGGGCCAGGAGGUGCUUUUCAAUGUGAUGAAGGCAUAUUCUCUGGUGGACCGUGAGGUCGGCUAUUGUCAAGGGAGUGCGUUCAUUGUAGGACUGCUACUCAUGCAGAUGCCAGAGGAAGAGGCUUUCUGUGUGUUCGUGAAGUUGAUGCAAGAUUACAGAUUACGAGAGCUCUUCAAACCCAGUAUGGCUGAGCUGGGACUCUGCAUGUACCAGUUUGAGUACAUGAUCCAGGAACAACUCCCAGAGUUGCAUAUGCAUUUCCAGGCCCAGAGCUUUCACACCUCCAUGUAUGCCUCUUCUUGGUUCCUCACCAUCUUCCUCACCUCCUUCCCUCUGCCCGUUGCCACAAGGAUCUUCGAUAUCUUCAUGUGCGAGGGUCUGGAGAUAGUGUUCCGUGUGGGACUGGCCAUCCUUCAGAUGAACCAGGCUGAGCUCAUCCAGCUCGACAUGGAGGGAAUGUUACAGCACUUUCAGAAGGUCAUCCCACACCAGCUGGACAGCGGACCAGAUAAGGUCAUCCAGGCUGCUUAUCAAGUGAAGUACAAUGCCAAGAAGAUGAAAAAGUUAGAGAAAGAAUACACUACAAUCAAAACUAAAGAGAUGGAGGAACAGGUGGAGAUCAAGAGGCUACGCACGGAGAACAGGCUCCUGAAGCAGAGGAUAGACACACUAGAGAAAGAAAGUGCUUCCUUGGCAGAUAGAUUGAUCCAGGGACAAGUGACUCGAGCUCAGGAGGCAGAGGAGAACUACCUGGUCAAGCGGGAGCUGGCCACAGUCAAACAGCAGAGCGAGGAGGCCAGUGCUCAGCUGGAGCAGGCCAAGAAAACCAUCAGGCAGCUCCAGCAGCAGCAGCCACAAUCGAAGGGAGCCCCUCGGUACUCUGAGGAGUCUGUUCUGCAGCUGGAGAGAGAGCUUGUACAGGCGCGACUGAAGGAGGCCGAGUCCCAGUGUGCACUCAAGGAAAUGCAAGACAAGAUCCUUGAUAUAGAAAAGAGGAACACAGCACUACCAGAUGACACCAAUGUGGCACGACUACAAGAGGAGCUGAUUGGGGUGAAGCUGAGGGAGGUGGAGGCUGUGACUGGCUUGAAAGAGCUGAGACAACAGGUCAGAGACCUGGAGGAGCACUGGCAGCGUCACCUGGCACGCACUGCUGGUCGCUGGAAGGACAGCCCCAAAAAGAAUACCUUGAGUGAGCUGCAGGAUGAGCUGAUGAGUGUGAGACUGCGUGAGGCCGAGGCCCAGGCAGAGCUCCGAGAGACACGGCAGAGGAUGCUGGAGCUGGAGACACAGAAUCAGAUUCACAGUAACCAGCUGCGGCGGGCUGAGCAGGAGAGUCGCUGUCUCCAGGAGCGCAUGCAGACACUAACGGUGCAAAAUAAAGAUCUGAAUGUGCAACUGCAAGGGAUCAAGCGGAGGCAAGCUGAGAUUGAAUGCAAGAAUAAGGAAGAGGUGAUGGCAGUGAGGCUGAGGGAGGCUGACAACAUUGCUGCCAUGGCUGAACUCCAGCAACAGAUCUCAGAGCUUGAGAUUCAGAAAGAAGAAGGAAAGGUCCAGGGGCAGCUGAACCACACAGACUCCAGCCAGUACAUCCGCGACCUCAAAGACCAGAUAACCGAGCUAAAACAUGAGAUCUUCUGCUUAAAAGGCCAGAGGGGCUUGGGCAGUCAGCCCACUUUUGAUGGGAUCCACAUCAUCAAUCACUACGUGGAGGAUGAUGAGUCUUGCCAGUCUUCAGAUGAAGAUGAAGUCAAGCACCCCACCCUCCAGGACACCCAGAAGAGGAGGGGCGGCCCUAUCAGACUGCAUCCCAACCUCAGGGACAUGGACAGUGAGGAGGAGGAGGAGGAGGAGGAGGAGGACGGGGAGGCCCUGCGGCUCUCUGUACCCCAGAGUGGUAGCCACAAGUCCACCACUGUGUGACGAGCACCCACUGGCUGCCAGAGCGGGGGACGCAGGCGAUCAGCUCUCACAGGUGUUUCCAGCAGCCAUUUCAGAGGAGGAGUCUGGAUCUAGAGUUCUGAAUUUCAGACAGGAAAUGCAGCAUCAUUUCAUAUCCUGAGAAUCCCAUUUAUGGAUUUAGUUUUUCUUUGUUUACCUCCCUUUGUAGUUUUUGUUUUCUUCUCGAGGGCAGCAAACACCUAACGGUCUGGAGCUCAGCACAGAAUGAAAUCAUAUGAGCACAUCGAGGCCUUCGGGGGCCAGAGGACAGCCAGCCAGCCAGCCAGCCAGUCAGUACAACACAGAGACUGUGCAAUCGAACGCUGUACGUCAGAAAACACAGUUCAUCCAAUGGGUUUUUAGAUUUUUAAAGCAUUUUAUAAAUGAACAUCAAACAUGUGUUGAAGUUGUUUACUAAGUGUCCAUCGUGCAGAGACAGAAUUGUGUGAGUGCUCUGUGUGUGCACAUCUAUCUGUACCUGCCGUCCUGGUGAGCUUGGUCAGAGCCGCCUGCAUCAGCCAGCGCCGACUUGAGGUGACCAGGACUGCUUGGCUUCAGCGCACGUCACACGCCUUUCAUCAGGGCCAGCGUAUCACAGGCUCACUGUGACAACUGCAUACUUGUAUAUAUGUAAAUGUGUAUUAUCUAUUUUUUUCCAGUUCCUUUUGAAUAUGCAUAUCUAAUGUACAGUUCCACAAAAAGGGACAAAGAAGUUACUUCACUACGCUCAAAAAUGACAAAUCCUGGUUUUGAGGUGAAUUCCUGUAAAAAGAACUGAUCUUUGCUCAUUACAGUACUACAGCUAGCUGCUUUCAGAGCAGUUACCAUGAAUGAUAAGUAAGAAGGAGGCAGAUUUAUUUAACUACUGUUGCUAAUGUACUCAGUUCUCUGAAAGCAUCCCAGCUUUGCUUUCAAAAUGAGUCCUGCAGAAAGCAGCCCACGAGUCACACAGCAAAAAAUAUCUCAUGUUUUACAUAUCACAGAUUUGCACAUCAAUGGACGACAGCUUGAACCAUGAGAGAACACAAACGUCAGUACACUUCAGAACACAAUCCAGACACAAGUGUGGAGCUGGUGGCGCAGCCUUGCACUGUGCUCGUCCACAGGCCUGUUUCACUCUUGCCACGUGCGAGGACCUGGAUGUUACUACCACUGACUGUUGAACACUAACUCCUGUAUUCGGUAAAAGACGGUUCAGUCCAGGAAACAGAAAAGAAAACCCUGUGUUGGAUGGGCAAGCAACACAUUAUGGCACUUUUUGAGUCUGCACUGCAGUAAGGACACUCGUGACGUCAGGAUGGAACAGUGAGCACACUCUGGAAACUACAUGAGCUUGUUUAGUGUGUGAGAGGUGAGUUCACAAUAAACUAUUUGGUAUACUGUU